GUAAGGUAAAUACAAAGUCAAUAUUUGUCAUAUUACGCAUCUCGAGUACAAAGGUGUCGAGGCUGUCGACCUGCUUCGGUAAAUACUCGGGCUCUGUAACUGGGUAGACCAGGAGAACCCGUCCAAUCAAAAUAAUGCAGGUGUAAAAAUGAAUGAUUGUCGGCCAAUUGAAUUGCAGCCUCGUCGGGUAUCUACGUAGACGGCGGCUCGAUAACCAAUAGGAGGAGAGCAGGCUCUGUCGUCAGGCAGACGGAGCGCAGUCGUCCAAUCACAAAAACAUCUGAAACGGAAUUUUUGCUGUAUCUUGGCUCAGGUACUUUGUAUUUCUUUAUAAAAUAAUAUUCUUGGUGUUUUUAAUUCAUCACAUCCACGACCCUCACGGCGCCCUUAAAGGACGACCCUGGGCGGUUUUUCCGGAUGAACCGUGCUCAAUGUCACGCUGUAUGGGCGCUUCAGCCCAUGCUAUUGCUAGCUACAGAUAACGGUGCUUCAUAGUGUAUAGGCUGUAAGCUAGGCUAACGGCUAGCUAGUAUUUAACACUAGUAGUCUGGAAUGUCCGCUUUAUGUGCUUCUUUACGUUCGGGUGGUUUGGCGCCGAGCAGCGAAGGGUCACGGGGAGGAAGCUAGCUCGGGAUACAGGGCUAAGAGGAUGCUAACGGUGCUAACAUGCCGAGAUAAUGACAAGGCGCGCGUAUCUAUAAUGUUGAGCUAACUAGUUAGCACGUUGCUAAAUUUUUGAGCAAACGAUUUACCGCGAGGCUAAAGCGCCAAGCUUACAAUGUAGCGCGGGGCUAACGUGCCGAUCUAACGACUUAGCACGGGGCUAAUGAACCGAGCUAACUGCUUAGCACGGGGCUAACGCGCCGAGCUAACGCGCGGGGCUAGGAGGGCGGGCGCGCUGCGCACCGCGGUCACAUGACACGCAGUGUGUGUGUGUGUGUGUGUGUGUGUUUGAUAUUAGCGUGAAGGCUAUGUAUUCCUGUUUGCAUUAGUAUAUAUUUUUUCUAUUCGUGUGUUUGUUAUGAACUAGAUGGCGGUGGUGAGGAGCCCCCGCUGAAGGCUUCUGGAGGCGUCUUGAUGAGCGACCAGCCGGUGCUCCAGGGGGAGGAGUCCUCUCAGAGAGGGGAGGAGCCUUGUUCCACGGGGGAUGGGCACCUGGAUGCGGGGGAGGAGCCUAGCGUGCUGCUGCACAAGCUUAAGAGCAACAUCUCCAAGAAUGUGGAGAGCAAAGUGGAGGACAUACUGCAUGAUGUUCAGCGCUUCUCAGACAACGACAAGCUCUACCUCUACCUGCAGCUCCCGUCUGGACCGGGUCCCGGGGACAAGAGUGCGGGGGACUCCAGCUCCUUCAGUACAGCUGACCAGCUCCACACCUGCUGCUGGAUCCGCUCCCACCUGGAGGAGCACUCGGACACCUGCCUCCCCAAGCAGGACGUCUACGAGACCUACAGGCGCUACUGUGAGAACCUCCACCAGAGGGCGCUCAGCGCCGCCAACUUCGGGAAGAUCAUCAGAGACAUCUUCCCCAACAUCAAGGCCCGCCGGCUGGGCGGCCGAGGGCAGUCCAAGUACUGCUACAGUGGGAUCAGGAGGAAGACUGUCCUCAACAUGCCCCUCCUGCCCAACCUGGAUCUCAGCAGUGACCCGGCGGAGCUGACGGAGCUGGUGCAGACGUACCGGGCGGAGGUGACGGAGGCGGCCUGCCAGCUGAUCUGCGACUGGGCCCAGAAGAUCCUGAAGCGCUCCUUCCUCACGGUGGUGGAGGUGGCGCGCUUCCUGGUCCACGAGCACCUGGUGGACCCGCGCUGCGCCCAGGCCAGCCUGCUGACCGCCGCCACGCUCACCGGAGGUCCUUCUAAGCCCAACAAGGUGAUAAAGAAGAUUUCUAGAGAAACAGAGAACGUCCCAUCAGACGCGAAGAGGGAGAAGGAGGCGGAGUCUUCCUCCUCCUCGUCUAAACCUCCGCCAGCAGACAGACCCUCGUCCUCCUCCCUGGACGCCGCUCCCCCUCCCGGCUCCUCCUCCCUGCGGACUGCGGGGGGGCGGGACCUCCAGGUGGAGGCCCUGAUGAAGCACCUCCCCCGGAUCCUCCCCAGGAGCUCGGCCCCGGACAAGGCCCCGCUGGCCGUGCGCGCCUCCCCCCCCUCCCUGGCCCCUAAGGACGCCUCGGGGGUGAAGGUCAUCGCCAUGGCGACGCUGCCCCAGCAGCAGGGCGGCGCGAUGCCGCUGGUGAUCCUGCCCCAGGGCUGCCUGUCCUACGGCGAGAGGGACCGCCCCCCCGCCCACAACCCCCGCCCCCCGCCACACCACGCCGCCCCGGCUACGCCCACCUCCGUGCUGCAGCGGGCCAGGGGUGGGGCCAAGAGGCCCCUGGAGGCGGGGCCCGCGCUGGGGGGCGGAGCCAACGCCACGCCGGUCAAACGGAAGCGAGGGAGACCCCGGAAGGCCCGCCCCGACGACCCGCCCCCUCCCCCUCCCCCCGCCCCGCCCCCUCCGCCCCUCACGCAGCACGCCUCCAUCAUCACCUCGCUCACCGGGGGGGUCAUCCAGAAGGCGGGCUCCUCCUCCCAGCAGGUGGUGGAGCUGGUGAUCCAGGAGCGGCCGCCCCCCCGCAGGGGGGUCCUGACGCCCCCCCCGCUCAUCAAGCUGGAGCUGGGGGAGGUGGAGAUCACCCUCACCCCCUAG